AUGGCCCCUCUCACCAGAAUCGAUGUGCAUCACCACUACUUUCCUUCUAGCUUGAUGAAGGAGUGGAAGGGCACUUCUGAUUGGCCUAUGCCCAACAACAACGAAAAAUGGACCCCUGCGGUUAGCAUUGCGGCAAUGGACAAACUAGGAAUUCAGAAGGCCAUCUUGUCAGCGCCUAACUCAACGGACAGUGCGCACGACGUCAACCUAGAUGCCAGCAAGAUCGUUGCCCAGCACCCAGACCGAUUUGGAUUCUUCGCCACCUUACCGCUCGGCAAUGCGUCAAUGGAUGUCAUCUUGGAAGAGCUCCGAUUUGCUCUGGACGAUCUGAAGGCAGACGGCAUCGCGAUGGUCAGCUCGUACGGCGUAGGUCCGGACGCCAAAUACGUUGGCCACGACGACUUUGAGCCGCUUUGGCAAGCGCUGCACGAGCGAAAAGCCAUCGUCUUUUUGCACGGCGACCAGACAAAGCACGCCAAUGCCCCUCCCGGCAAUGUGCUCCCUAUUCCCAUCGUCGAGGUGCCCAACGAGACUUACAAGGCAGCGGCCAGCUUGGUGACCAGCGGGAAGAAGAGAAAGUAUUCUGGUGCUAAGAUCAUCUUGUCUCACUCGGGUGGAAGUACACCCUUCCUCGCUUGCCGAGCUGCGGUCUUGGCCAACUACGUCGGCAAUACCCUGUUUGGAACAAGUCUGACGAUCGACGAGCUCCUUGAGGACUUCAAAUCAUUCUACUAUGAGACUGCGCUUAGCGGCUACGAUGUGAACUUGGCCGCUUUGCAAAAGUUUGUUGCUCAAGACCACAUCCUGUUUGGAACCGACUUCCCCGCCGUCACCGUCGACAUGGCACGUUGGUUUACCGAAAACUUAGAUGGCUAUUUCGCCAACGAUCAAUCUUCCCACACGGCAGUCAUGACUGAGAAUUGGAAGAGGCUGCAGAAUUAG